CUGUGUCUUCUUAGUUCAAUUGCGUUAAUCCUGGAAUUCCUAAUUCAUACUAUAAUUAGAAUACUAUAUUGGCGUCGUGAUGGAACCUGCAAUGGAAAAGUUGGAUAUUCAUUCAACUCCUGAAGAUAUUGAGGAUUAUUUGGAAAGGUUCGAAAUUUGGAGCAUGACAAAAGAAGAUGAUGAGGAUGUUAAUAUUGUGGCACACUUUCUCACAUUCAUUGGGAGAGAAGCGUACAGCUUAUUAAAAACUCUGGCAUAUCCAGAAAAACCUAUCUCACUCCCUUAUGAAACUCUUAAAGAGCUAUUAUUAAGUCAUGUAAAAUGCACCCGUUUUGAAUGCCGUGAAAGGGCAAAGUUUCAUAAGAUGAUUCGUCAAAAUGACCAAAAGGCUCGGGAAUUCAUCCUUGAAUUACAGAAACAAGCCGCCAAGUGUAAUUUCGGUGAUCAACUUCAUGUGCAACUGAGAGAUCGAUUAAUUGCAGGAAUUAAUAUGCCGAGUUUGGAAAGAGAGCUGUUAAAAAUGCCAAACUGUUCCUUUCAAGAUGCUAGGACUGCGUGUAUUAACUACGAAGCAGUGAAUGAACUUGAUAUCCAGUCGAUGAAGAUUUCUGUUACUUUGCUUAGUCGUCAUGAUGAACUACAAUCUCAGGGUCAAUCAAAUUUGCGUUCAUUUAACAGUGAUUCCUAUUCUCGUGUAAAUAUGAAAGGUGUUUCAACAAGGAAUUACAAAGCAAAUCACAAAGGUGAGAUGAAGUUUGGUAAAUGUUUAUCAUGUGGAAAGUUUCAUGCUCGCAAUUCAUGUGUAUUUCGUAAUGCUAAAUGUUUUAAAUGUGGUAAGGUAGGACACAUUCAUUCAGUAUGCAAAGCUACUGUCCAUUUUGCUUCAAGCUGUACUAAAUCUUGUAAUUUAAAUUUCAAUAAUUCGGCUGUUUCUAAUGAUCAUUUAUCUUUAUCAACGAUUUCAAAAGACAGUGCAGAGUCAUAUGACAGUUCAGAGUUAUAUGAAAUCCAGAAUUCUUGUGAGGCAACAGUUCCUAAUCAACCGAUUUAUCAGAAUUCUCAUGCUAUUGUACCAGGUAUGACUUUUCCUAAUGAUUCACAUAUUUUUAAUGAAAUCACUUGCAAUUCUGAGGAAAAUAUGUUAAAUGAACGUAAUCAUGAUCGAAAACCUGAUGUGGUUAGGAUAGAUGCUGGUUUUUCUAACGAUCCUACGCUCUGCAAUGACAGUCCUAAUGAAUUUCAUGAGAAUAUUUCAGAAGAAUCAAAUCCUGAUGUCGUAUCAUAUAUUACCUAUCCUCAUAAUGCAUUCGAUCCUUGUGAAAAACCUGCUCAAUGCGAAGCACGAGUACUAAGUGACCUCAAGUUUGAUUACAUUUCGGAUGAUUUCAUAUCAACUGCUGUUUACCCUUAUCACAAAAACAGUUCUAAUGUUUACUCUAAACAUUGUGAGAAAUAUGUUUUAAAUGAAGCCACAUUAUUCAUAACCUGGGGAUAUAAAGAUCCAACAUUAUUUCGUGGGGGAGGAUAGUGUUGAAAAACCUAUGGUUCGAAUUCUAGAUAUUAAUGAUUUCAUUACAAAACCGACAUGCUGGUUGUAUACAAUUCCAGAUACUACAGAGUUUUUAUCUUACACAAUGUCGGACAGACUCAGAAUGAACUUAACAAGAAGACGUACAACCGAUUACAAACACUUAUACUUCUAUUUAAGCUGUGGCGGAUGUGGUGUUUGAAUGGACUAAUGAUACCUUGGUACUGGUUGAAUGUUUGAUUUCGAAUUCUAAAUACAGUACAUUCGUUGUGUCUGUGUCUUCUUAGUUCAAUUGCGUUAAUCCUGGAAUUCCUAAUUCAUACUAUAAUUAGAAUACUAUAGUACCUCUACUUGGAACACAGUCUGUGGAUAUCAGUGGGCUAAAAUUCAAGUACUUACAAGAUUACCUUAUUCAGAGAUUACAAAACGUAAAGGUCUUCUCCAUGAUAUGAAAAUGACUAUGGGAGUUUAAUCAGUCCUCAUAUUCCUCUCUUCUUUUCAGCGCCAUGAAUGCAACGUGCAAAGGUAGAAUUUGGAGCAGGUGUGUGUUCGUCAAGGUUACAGAUCGUACGAUGCACGACUUUUAAACAGAUUAUUUCAACUGUGAACACAAACCUGCUAUCUUGCUGAUUAUUCUGCAUGGAUAUUCCAUCAAACAUUUCCACUAUCCCUUCCUGUUGAUCAUGCCUGUGGGGAUGACUUGCACUUGCUAUAUAUUAUGAUCGACCAUAACAUUAUUCAUAUUCUUAUGUACGUGAAUUUACCCCCCCUGUUACUAUGUUAUAUUAUAUAUCAACCUAACUUAUUACGGUAAACCAUAUAACGUCUGUAACAUUUCCAUCUAUUUCCAUCCUACAACAUAUUGUUAUAUGAAAAUAAAUUGCUAUCACUAUAUAUCUUUGAACUAGUA